AUGUCAUCCAUCAAGAAGUCGGGCUCGCCCGUUGCGGUGCCCGCAGCACCAACGAUCGUGCCGCCAGAGAAACCUCCAAUGUCCGAUUCCCCACCGCGCAUCCUCAUCAUCGGUGCCGGCUCAAGAGGCCAGGCAUAUGCCACAGCAACAGAGACAUCCAGCAACGGUGUCGUGGCCGCCGUUGCUGAGCCCAUCGCUUAUAAGCGCCAGACAUUCGGCCGGAGAUACAUCUGGGGCUCUGGUACUCCACAAGAAGGCCAACAAUUCGCGGAUUGGACCGAAUUCGUCUCAUACGAGACGAACCGUCGUGAGAGAGAAGCCGCCGGCGAGACGGUACCGCCUGGAGUCGAUGCCAUCUUCAUUUGCGUCCUGGAUGAGAUGCACCGCGACGUCGUGGUUGGAGUUGCUCCGCUCGGCCUGCACGUGAUGUGCGAGAAGCCUCUCGCAACGUCUCUGGAAGACUGUCUCGACAUGUACACGGCGCUGAAACCUCCUGCUGGCCAGGAACCCAAAAAUGUCUUCUCCAUCGGCCAUGUCCUCCGCUACAGCCCACACAACAUGCUGCUUCGCAAGUUGCUGCUGGAAGAACGUGUCAUUGGCGACAUUCUCAACAUCGUCCACACAGAACCGGUGGGCUGGUGGCACUUUACCCACUCCUACGUCCGCGGCAACUGGCGGAACGAGAAAACAACUGCCCCAAGUUUGCUAACCAAAAGCUGUCACGAUAUUGAUCUCCUCCUUUGGCUUCUCAGCGCCCCGAUAAAGGCCGGCCAGGGGACACCUCAUCUUCCGUCCACCGUAUCUUCAAACGGCUCGCUUCAGCUUUUCAGAAAGAGCCGCAAACCUGCAGCAGCAGGAAACGCAACCAAUUGUCUGUCCUGCCCGUUAGGUGACAGCGGAUGCAAGUACUCGGCGAAGAAUAUCUACCUUGGACCAGACCUCAAAGGUUUGGCAUCGGGGAACACUGACUGGCCAGUCAGCAUUGUGCUCCCCGAAAUCGAGGACUUCGGGACCGCUUCCGAGCGAAACAAGGUGCUUGCUUCGAAGCUUGCGGAAGACUAUGACGAUUCGACCCCGAAAGAGGUUGUCUCAUCGCGUAACUGGUUUGGCCGAUGUGUGUUUGAUGCAGACAACAACGUUUGCGAUGAACAGACGGUGACCAUGAGCUGGGACGACGUUGCGACCGAAUCUGAAGCGCCCAAGCUCUCCAAGUCAGCUACUCUCCAUAUGGUUGCGCACACAAAGAAAAUCUGCGAGAGAUACACGCACGUUUAUGGCGUCGAUGGCGAGAUUUACGCGGAUUCCCGCACCAUCACCAUCGAAGACUUCAACAAUGGUACCACCCAAACCUAUCACCCGACGAUUGAGGACGCUGGACACGGUGGCGGUGACAAGGGACUUGCGCGCCAGUUCAUCUUGGCCGUUGACCGCGUGAAGAACCACGGUUGGACCGCCGAAAGAGCGCAGAAUGAGUAUAUCGGGUGCACACUGGAAGAAGUAAUCCGGUCGCACGCCAUGGUUUUCGCGGCAGAAGAGGCUAGGACGGGCAAGAAGGUCGUUGACUGGGAGCCUUGGUGGGCAAGUAAAGUUGCCAACACGGGCAAUGCUUGA